AUGCUCUUCGGCGUAGCCGUCAUUGUAGCGACUACCUCUGAGUUUCUCAGCUAUACGGUUCAAAAGAACUACACUGCUAUUCUACUCGUACGUGGACUAGUUCUAGGAGGAGCACUAGGGACGUGUUUUACAAUCAGUACGUUGGUUCUUGCAAGUCAUUACCGGAACGAUGUACCGUUGGUUUCUGUACAGUCGGGUUUUGCUGCGUUUGCUGGCGCAGUCGUGUAUACGGUCAUCGCACGCUUUGCUUUCCAAGAUGUUGGUCUUGACGGCGGGUUGGCGUAUGUGUACAGUGGAGGCGUCAUGAGCGCUACGCUACUUUCUGCAUUCCUCCUCCUAGUAGGACUGAAGUCUGAGGAUGAGGAACUUUGGACGCAGAAGUAUAAACUCCAUCUUUGUAUGCCGAAGCGGUUUUUUGAAGACGCAAGAGGUGGUGGGAUGUGGUUCAUACUGGGCUAUAUCCUUGUUUUUGCCGGCGUGUUGAUAUAUCCGGUCUUCAACGUCGUUUUGCUGACGCAGGUGCCUGGGCUUUUCUUUCCCGAUGCGGCGGCGUGUGGGAUACUCGGUAUGUUGGGUGUUGCGGCUGUUUCGGGAUCGGUGGUGGCAAACUUGAGGAGUUUGAAAAAGGUUGGAGCUGUCAACGUUUUUGUUGCUGCUUCGGUACUCGCUGGUGCGAUUUGCCUUGCGCCGGUGCUGUAUCCGCGGCUCUACGUCGUUGUUCUACUCGCUGGGGUAUAUGGUGUCGCGCUUGGUGCGAUACUGUCACUCCAUAUGAUUGUUGCGGCGAUGUUUCUCAGCAAGAAAGUGGAGGGGAGGUGGGAGGAUGAUAUGCCUGCGCGUGUGGCUAUCAUUAUGGCGCUGGCUGGGCUGGGUGCCUUUGGUGGUAUUGUCGGAGCGGCAGCGUUGCUUGAGGGAAACAAGAACGGAGAGAAGGUUGUGAUCAAGGUAGCGGGUGCUUGCAUGAUCGGUGGUGGUGUGUUGAUUGGUUUUGCGAGGAUGUGGCGGUGGAGGUGGAAAGCCACGUUCUAUGCUGUGUAG